AUGCACUGCGCCACACCGCCCAUCUUCACACCUCAAAGAAACAUUGAAUCCAGAGGUAACACUACAGUGUGUGGAGAGUUUAACUUUGUGGCUGACUCCGAGGCGGCCUACAUCGUGUUGGACCGCUACACCUGCCCCACCUACAUCGCCACCUGGGAGUUCAGCUGCAGGAACAGCCUGCCCUGGUCUUUCUGCGACACUUGGCUGGCACAGGACACAGACAAGGCUCGAUUCAUGGAGGAGAUCUACGCCCACACCAGGAAGAUGGUGCAGACUGAGCGGUACCAGAAGGAGCUGGUGUCAGGCCCGGGCUUCAACACCUGUGACUGCUACGCCAUGGCAGCAGCCAUCGACGACACCCUGCUGACGGAGAGUGACGAGGUUGCAGUCACGGUGGAGCUGGAGGGGACUCACACCCGAGGCAUGAUGGUGCUGGACUACAUGGACCUGCUGAAGAAGAAGCACAAGGUCUUCAUCAUGAAGAAAGUCGACGAGGAGAAGUUCAAACGACUGCUGAUGAAUUCACUGAAGUAGUAUCUGAGACAACUCACAUUAUAGCCUCAUCGUAUUAAAGUCAAACCCUUUCCAAACCUUUGUGAAACAUUGCAGGAGAAAACAAGGCAGCUUUCAUGCCAAACAUUUUGUAACAGAAAACCUGAUAUUAUUCCUGGCAGUAUAAUUAGUAAAACAAUGUAUCUGUUGCCUUUUAUAACCAUUAUGUACCUCAAAAAUAUUAAAUACGAGAUGAUGAGGACUUGAUUUCCAGUCAUCCCGGUUCUCCAUACAUCUG